GUCUGGCGAUGCGACGGCAGCUCUGUCCGGCCCAUGGUUUAUCGCGGGAAUGGAGUCGGAGAAGACCAGGCGUUUCUGACACGGAGCGAUCGCAAACCCGCCCUCUUCUCCGCCAUGCCGGGGUCCUCUGCCUGCUGCUGCUCGCCCUCUGCCUGCCCGUCAACAGCCACGCCACCGUCUUCAAGGUGGGCGUGGUGGGACCGUGGUCAUGUGACCCUCUCUUCGGCAAGGCCAUGCCCGACAUGGCGGCGCGUUUGGCGGUGAACAGGAUCAACCGGGACGCCUCUCUGUCGCUGGGCUCCACCUUUGACUACGUGCUUUUGGAGGAGGACUGCCAGACCUCCGGGGCCCUGCAGGGGUUCCUGGGGUACAACACCCGUGCCUCCGCCUUUGUGGGACCCGCCAACCCAGGCUACUGCGACGCCGCCGCCCUGCUGGCCAGGAGCUGGAAUAAAGCGCUGUUCUCCUGGGCCUGCGUUGGCCACGAGCUGGACGACGUACACAGAUACCCCAACUUCGCCCGCACCUUGCCCACGCCCACCUGGGUGCUGCUCACCUUGCUGCACCACUUCCGCUGGGCACAUGUGGGCGUGGUGUCCUCUGCAGAGGACGCCUGGGUUGAGACGGCCAGCGCGGUGGCCAGCACCCUGCGCAGCCAUGGCCUCCCCGUGGAACUGGUGACCUCCACGGGCUCCGACCCCGCCAGCCUGCGCCACGCCCUGGCCAAGAUCAGAAGGAUGGAGCACCUGCGAAUGGUGAUCCUCUGCAUGCACUCCGUGCUGAUUGGAGGGGAGACACAGAGGCGGUUCCUGGAGACUGCCUACGACAUGCGUCUGACGGACGGCUCUGUGGUGUUUGUGCCGUACGACACGCUCCUGUACAGUUUGCCGUACCGCGAUGUGCACUAUCCCGCCCUGCGGAACAACAGCAAGCUCCGCCGCGCCUACGACGCCGUGCUCACAGUAACGCUGGAGUCGCCCGGCCCCUCCUUCUACCAGGCCUACCAGGACGCAGUGGAACACGGCGAGCUGCCAAAAAACCUCAAACCCCAUCAGGUGUCUCCUCUGUUCGGUACCCUGUACAGUUCUGUGCUGAUGGUGGCCCACGCCCUGCGGGGUGUGCGGGACUCGGGGGAGUGGCUGUCGGGGGCAAGCUUGGCCCGGCACACCCGCAGCCUCGCCUUCGCCGGCUUCUCCCAGCGCGUCCGCACCAACAGCUCCGGCGCCUGCCUGCUGGACUACGCCGUGCUGGACACGGACGGGCAGUCCUGCGCGCUGCACCCCACGCACCGCGUCGACACGGAGACCGGCGCGGUGCGCUUCCUGGGCCGCCACAUCCACUUCCCCCACGGCUCCGCCCCCAAAGCCGACUCCAGCUGCUGGUUCACCCGCGGCAAGCUCUGCACCGGAGGGGUGGAUCCAUUCUUUGCGCUGAGCAUCUUCCUGUCUGUCUUUCUGCUGAUUUUGAUCCUGAUGGGGACCUCAUUCUUCAUAAGGCGACGCAUCAGCAAGAUCAGGAUGGUCCGUGGACCAAACAAGAUCCUUCUGACCCUGGCAGAUGUCACAUUCAUCAACCCAUCACUAAGCAGCAAGAAGCUGAGCAUAAGCGAAAGCAAAAGCAGCGAUAUGGGGCGGAGUCCAUCUGAUGCGGACCACAGCCUUAAAUCCCCAUACUCCUCCUCCAGCCUGGCCCCUGCCACAUACGAGAACUCCAACGUGGUCAUCUAUGAGGGAGAUUGGGCAUGGCUGAAAAAGCUCCCGUCUGGAAAUUUUGGAGCCAUCAACCCGAAAACCAGCGACAUUUUUGAAAUGCUGAAGGACAUGCGGCACGAGAACGUUAAUCCCUUCCUGGGGUUCUUCCAUGACUGUGACAUGCUGGCCAUUGUGACAGAGUUCUGCUCCCGAGGUAGCCUGCGGGACCUGCUGCACAACGAGGACGUCAAACUGGACUGGAUGUUCAAGUCCUCGCUGCUGCUGGACCUCAUCAAGGGCAUGAAGUACCUGCACCACAGGGAUCUGUGCCACGGCCGGCUAAAGUCACGAAACUGUGUGGUGGACGGACGAUUUGUGCUCAAGAUCAGUGACUAUGGCUACAAGGAGGUUCUGGAGGCUCAGAAGUUUCCUUAUGUUCACCCACCCCCUGAGGAGCUGCUGUGGACGGCCCCUGAGCUACUGAGGGCCCCGAAACCAGGCCUCAAUGGCUCCCUGCCGGGUGACGUGUACAGCUUCUCCAUCAUCAUGCAGGAGGUGGUGAUCCGAGGCCCGCCGUUCUGCAUGCUGGGCCUGCCAGCCGAAGAGAUCAUUCAGAAGCUGCAGAAGCCGCCUCCCCUGUGCCGGCCAGUGGUGUCUCCAGACCACGCCCCCCUGGAGUGCAUUCAGCUGAUGAAGCAGUGCUGGAACGAGCAACCCGAAAAACGACCAGCUUUCGACGAGAUCUUUGACCAGUUUAAAAACGUCAAUAAGGGGAAGAAGACGAACAUCAUCGACUCCAUGCUGCGCAUGUUGGAGCAGUACUCCAGCAACCUGGAGGAGCUGAUCCGGGAGAGGACCGAGGAGCUGGAGAUCGAGAAACAGAAGACUGAGAAACUGCUCACGCAGAUGCUCCCCCCGUCUGUUGCAGAGGCACUGAAAAUGGGGUGCACUGUGGAGCCAGAACACUUUGAAGGUGUGACGCUGUACUUCAGUGACAUUGUGGGGUUCACCACCAUCUCUGCAAACAGCGAGCCCAUCGAAGUGGUCGACCUCCUUAACGACCUCUACACUUUAUUUGAUGCCAUCAUCGGAAACCACGACGUCUACAAGGUGGAGACCAUUGGCGAUGCGUACAUGGUAGCGUCGGGACUUCCUGUUCCAAACGGGGAUCGGCAUGCGGCUGAGAUCGCCAACAUGUCCCUGGACAUCCUCAGCGCCGUCGGCACCUUCAAGAUGCGGCACAUGCCCGACGUGCCAGUGCGCAUCCGUAUUGGCCUGCACACGGGCCCAUGUGUGGCUGGAGUGGUGGGUCUCACCAUGCCCAGGUACUGCCUGUUUGGAGACACAGUGAACACUGCCUCUCGAAUGGAGUCCACGGGGAUGCCUUACCGCAUCCAUGUGAGUGACAGCACUGUGAAGGUUCUGCUGGAACUGAAGGAGGGCUACAAGGUGCAGCGAAGAGGAAGGACAGAACUUGAGGGCAAAGGAAUGGAGGAGACUUACUGGCUCACUGGUAAGGAAGGCUUCGCCAAACCACUGCCCAUCCCACCAGAGCUCAAGCCAGGGCAGAAAGCUCAUGGGCUCCAGAUGGAGGAAAUAGCUCAGUACAAGCGGCGAAAAGCAGAGCAACAGCUUGCCGGCAGGAAGAACUGAGACCAGGGAAGUUGGGAGCCUGCUGAAGCUGCUUCUGCAGUGGGGCUUUAAAGAAGAUCUGCUACGUGCAGCUAGUCUCACAGCUGAGCACGGCGGGCCACAGCGAAGGACACGGCCAGACAGACAGCAGUGUGCCCACAGACGUGGCACCACACACCCACCUGCACCAAGCCAACUGUGGCAGCAGUGAACUCACCUGGAGAGGCCUCCCGCUUUGAGCCCAGAGGGGAUUUUUUGUUCUUUUUGUUUUUUUUCAUUCUUUAUGAGGAAGCAGGGACCAGUUUUAUAGAGAGACUCUACUCGAGUACUGCGAGAGACAGAGAAAUAGAGACAGAGAGAUGAGAGAGAGAAGAAAGAUGACAGGAGAGAGAGAGAGAAUAGAGAGAAAGAGCAAGAGAGAGAGAGAGAGAGAGGGACAGAGAGAAGGACAACUGCAGCCCUGUGUCAGAAUGGAAUAUUUGUGAAAGAACUAAAGUUCAAAUCAAGAGCUCCGCUGGCUGCCAGGUUAGGGCGGGGUCGGAGGGUGAAAAGGAAGCUGCAGAUACAGUCUACUGGCCGUGGAGAGAUCAGUGGCCUUGUCUCAUUGUGCAGCACCUCGCGACACGUGUUCCCCUCUGGAGUUAUAAAUAUCCGGCAGACUUCAUGGCUGAGCUGGAAGAGGAUCGGAUCCCUGGCCCUCACACCCCCGCUCUGUGCUUCUGCUCCAGUGAGAGGAAACCUUGCAGGGUCUGUAGCAGGUGCAGUGGGCUGCAUGCUCAACCCCUUGCUCUGCGCUUUAGGUCAUGUGAUCCUUUGCUUUUCUGUGUGAUUUUGUUUGUUUUGCGCUCUUCUUGUCGCCCCUGCUACAAAAUAGCCUGUCUGUCUGGCUUGGGGGGGGAACACUUCCCUGAGGAAGAUUUUUACGAUCACUGCCUCUCUUACACAGAAAUGAGGCUAUAGGACUGCCCCAUAACUACUGUUGAAAUUGUGGAUACUCUAAAUACCCCUGAAAUACAUCUGAAAUAGUAGAGACCUUAAAUACCCAUAACUACAGACAAAACAGUACAGACGCUGAAUACCCCACAACUACAGACAAAACAGUACAGAUGCUAAAUACCCCAUAACUAUAGAUUAAAUAUUACAGACGCCAAAUAGCCCAUAACUAUAGAUGAAGGUUUACAGACGCUAAAUAACCGUUAUGUAGAGACUAAAUAAAAACCCAGUAUCUGCAGACUCUAAAUAAGCCAAAACUACAGGUUAUAUAUUACAGAUGAUAAAUACCCUGUAACUCAAUUAAAUAUUACAGUCAGUAAAUACCCCUUAACUACAGACUAAAUACCCAUUAGUGUCAGACACUAACUAACCCUUAACUACAGACUAAAUACCCAUUAGUGUCAGACACUAACUACCCCUUAACUACAGACUGAAUACCCAUUAGUGACAGACACUAACUACCCCAUAACUACAGACUGAAUACCCCAUAACUACAGUCACUAAAUAUCCCAUUGCUCCAGACUAUCAUCCCAACAUCCUAUAAUGGUAGAAGAACUAAGGGUUGGGUUAUAUGGUGCCAUGUUACCUGGAAACAGUAUAUAUUCCUUUCAGUUUUGUUUGGAACAGACACUGUAAUUAGUAGCAGCUGCAUAAGGGGAUUUGUAGAUUAUUUUACCAUUCAGCAACAAAGUGAAUGGUCUCCAACCUACAUGCUCACCUGGACCAACCUGUAAAUUCUCUUUAAUGUUCAUCUGUGUGCUCACCUGUAAAUGCACAUGUACUGUAUGUUUACUUGUUUACUUACAUGUAUGUUCACCUGUGUUCAACUGUAAACUCUCAUGUACAAUCACCUGUGCAUAUGUAGUUUUAUGAAUUCUCAGCAUUUUAAGCAACAUAUGUUCAAAAAUGUAUUAAUUGAUGUAUGUAACUAUGGAAUUUGCACUGUAUGCAUUUAAUUUACUUCAAUUACUGUAUGGAUUCUAUAUGUCUCGUAUGUUUUUUGUUUGUUUUUGCAAGACCUGUCAAUAUUGUAACAAACAUAUUUUGUUUAAAUUUGUAUUGUUUUGUAGAUAUCUCUCAAGUAGAAAAUUUUGCUGGCACAUCAUUUGUUGUCUUGUGAAUUGUAGUCUAUAUAUGUGGCAUUGUUAUUGUCAUAUACUUAUUAUAUGGCUUCAGAUCAGCUCUAAAAUAAAUAUUCUGGGAUUUGAUAAAUCAUAUAUAGUUAAAAAUUCAUAAAAUCACCUAAUCUGGAUUCUUCAAAUAAUUUAUACUCUGACAUUUUUUACUAAAAACAAAAGCAUCAGUUUCGAGAAAGUAUGUAUUCAUGAGUAUGGAAGCUAUUGAUUCAGAGAUAGAAUGUAAUAAAUGGUGAAAAUACCUGA